UGUGGUGUUGAAACUUGAAACAGGAUGCUCCCUGCUUUGCUUUUCUCGUCUUUUCUUCGUUUGGUCGAACCCUAUAUCUACGCGUUGCAGUUGCAGAGAGAAAUAGAGAGAGGUUGAAGAAGAACGCCAGGGUUUCACUCUGUUUGAGGUCGUUUUCUCCUGUCGAUUUCCUUGAAAUUUCGAAGAAUUUUCUGAAUCGUUCAAGCAAAAGCAGAGCAGAGUUAAGGUGACCAGAGGAGAUUUGUGCAGCAGUUGCUUUCUGAAUGGAACUUUCUUCUAUGCGCACAACUGAGAGGAAUAUGAUCGCCUCGUCAACAUCAGCCAGCAUUGUUAUGUUUCCAAAUUCAUGGCAGAAAAUCAAGUUUUUUUGUUUCUUUUACUGGCAGCAUACAGGGGAAGAGAGAAAUUUCUUCUAAUUUAAUAUCCAAAGGCCAAAUCUUUUUGCCUUUUCGGCUGAUCUAAUUCUGAGGAGACUCUCUUCUUUGAAGUUGAGAUCUUUAAGCUUCCAAAGGGGAAACAAAACAAAUGAAAUUUCCUAUGCUUCUGCUUGACAUUCAACCAUUCCACAGAUUACUGUUUGUUUCAAUUCAAUUUGUCUGAUACUGAAGAUGAUUUUUCACCACCAAAAUCCUGUCCUCUACUUGGUGAUUUGCCUUCUCCCUUUAAUAGCCACUCAACCCUUGCCUCGCUGCAACCAAACUUGUGGCUUCCGCGGCAGAGAGAAGCGAUUUCCCUAUCCGUUUGGAUUCUCCGAUGGAUGUCCAAUACGUCUUAAUUGCAUCAGAGGCGUUGCUUUCAUCGGCCAAUUUCGAGUCGAAAACGUCACUGCAGACAGCAUCUUCAUCAACUUACCGGCAAGAUGCAACCGUCCUAUCCAGGACCUGAGGCAGCUCUUCAAUGGGACCUUCGCACUAACGAAGCAAAAUGGGUUAUUGUUAGAGAACUGUAGCUCGCUGGUUAGCAUGUGCACGAUACCGACGACGCUGUUGGAGAAUCAUUUCGACUUGCAGCAUUGCGAUCGUAGAGAAAGAAAUUUAAGCUGCUUUGCCAAAGAAGACAUGGACUUCAUGACAUUUAAUGACCUGAAACGGGCCAACUGCAAAUUUUUAUUCUCGUCGGUCGCCGUAGAUUCGAAUAAGAACUCGUCGCUUUCGCUGGAGUUUCAGACGGUUCAGCUCGGAUGGUGGUUAGAGGAGUGCAAUUGUUCUUUGAAUGCGAAUAACAAGAUCGUCCAACUGCGGAACAAUGGGACUGGAUGUCUUUGCCAUUGCAAGGACGGAUUUGAAGGAGAUGGUUUCCAAGCCGGUUCUGGUUGCCGUAGAGCUACUUCCAAUUGCAAUCCUUCAAAAUACAUGAAGGGUCGUUGUGGAGGAACCACCAGAGUCGGCGUUUUAAUCGGAGGUAUCAUUGCUGGAGCUUCUCUGGUGGCUGGAUUAGUUCUUCUCUGCUAUUUCGUCCAACGGCGAUCGACUUCGUUGAAAACCAGAAAGAGAACACAACGCCUCCUAUCCGAAGCGGCCGGUGUUUGCAGUGUUCCUUUUUAUCCCUACAAGGAAAUUGAGAGAGCCACAAAUGGCUUUUCCGACAAACAAAGGCUGGGAACUGGAGCCUACGGAACAGUGUACGCAGGAAAGCUCCACAGCGAUGAGUGGGUGGCCAUCAAAAAGAUCAGACACCGAGACAAUGAUGGCAUGGAGCAAGUCAUGAAUGAGAUAAAGCUACUCUCAUCUGUAAGCCACCCACAUCUAGUUCGCCUCUUAGGUUUCUGUAUAGAGAGGGGUGAACAGAUCCUUGUAUAUGAAUUCAUGCCGAAUGGAACUCUCUCAGAGCAUCUACAGAGGGAGAGAGGCAAUGGCCUCCCUUGGACAAUUCGCCUCACUAUUGCAUGUGAAACCGCUCAGGCUAUCGCCCAUCUCCACUCCGCCAUCAACCCACCCAUAUAUCACAGAGACAUAAAAUCCAGCAAUAUUCUUUUAGAUUACAACUUCAACUCUAAAGUUGCAGAUUUUGGUCUAUCUAGACUUGGUUUGAUGGAGUCAUCCCACAUCUCAACUGCCCCACAAGGGACUCCAGGAUAUGUUGAUCCACAAUAUCACCAGAACUUUCAUCUCUCUGAUAAAAGUGAUGUUUACAGUUUUGGAGUAGUUCUAGUGGAGAUCAUAACAGCACUCAAGGUGGUGGACUUCUCUAGACCCCACAAUGAAGUGAAUUUGGCUGCUCUUGCUGUAGAAAAAAUUGGUAAGGGAUGCGUGGAUGAGAUUAUAGAUCCUUUCCUUGAGCCACACAGAGAUGCUUGGACCCUUUCUUCUGUGCAUAAGGUGGCGGAGCUGGCAUUCAGAUGCCUUGCAUUUCAUAGAGACAUGAGGCCCUCUAUGAAGGAAGUGGCAACUGAGCUAGAAAACAUCAGGCUUAGUGGAUGGAUAACUAUGGAGGAAAACAUCUGCAUGGAGUCAUCGUCUGUCUUGUCAUCCUCAUGUUCAUCAUCGUCAUCUAAUAUGAGUGAGAAGUCACACUCACACGGAACUGUUGACAAGAAUGUGGGAUUAGAGAAUCAGAGAUCGGUUGUGCCGCAGAGAGGUGAAUUUGUAAUUUCAACGGAGAUGAAGGAUAGUUAUUCACCUGUUUCGGUGCAGGAUCCUUGGUUCAGUGAACAAAGCUCUCCUUCAAGUAGUAGUUUAUUGGGUAAUGCAAUACAAUGAACUGAAGGGUGUCGUUGUGAGUUCUUGAUGGGUAGUGGGUACUGAGAGAGGAAGAUACAGCGACUAAUCCUAGAUGUAAAGGGAAUGUGCUAAAUAUUUAUCCCUCAGUUUACAUUUCUUAAGCUUAACUUUUUUCAAUUA